CGGCGACAGCGACAAUCUAGUCAUCGUCAGCAACGAUGCUCACCUUCCUCUCAUUACCCCUUCUUUCUCUCCUCGCUGUCGCGUCCCUUGUCGCCGCUGACGACACUGAUACUUGCGAUACCGCGAAUACCGGUCUCCGUGUCGGCACUUUACAGUACACGUCUGAUUGCAAUGCUACGACUUGGUGCAACUCUGGAACUUGUCUGAAUAAGAAAUGUCGCAGAGACGAAUAUCCCCUUGGAUGGCCGAGCACUAUCGAUAUGCCGGAUCGGUGCGGUACGGGGACGUUCUGUCCUGACGAGGAGAGCGAGUGUCUGCCACAGUUGGCUGUUGGAAGUGCUUGUCAGUUUAACAGGGAUGAUGAGUGUGAGGGUCCGCCCGACUUCGCUGACUUGAGAGACACAAGCUCACGCGGUCUCAAUGUCAACGGCUCCAUCUGCCUCAACUUCGUCUGCACGUAUGCGAAUGUGACCGUCGGGCAGACAUGCCAGGUUGAGAACACUGGAUACAUCGCAUAUGGAGCCGACAAUGCCGAAUUCGUUGACAUUGUGUCUCGCGACAACUGCAAGAUUGGGCUCUACUGUGACACGAACUCGAAGGUCUGCAUCCAACAGAAGGAACAGGGUGACAGCUGUGAUGCCGACAAGGAAUGUUUGACGUACAACUGCGACUCCAAGGGCGUCUGUGGCUUGGACCCCUCCCUUCCACUGACCUAUCCUGCCUGGCUCUAUGUUAUUGUUGGGAUUGUUUUGUUCGGAGGGAUGUUCUUGACGCUCUUCAUCCUAUUCUUCUUGCAUCGCCGUCAGCGUGACGCCGAGCGGGAGAAGCGUCUCCAAUACUGGCGUGAACAGAAUGCCUUCCGACAAAACAUCCUGUCUAUGCGCGACACUGCUCGUGCCUCCAUCUUCUCCAUGUCGGGCGCCAUGACUCCUCACUCGAACCGUACAACUAUCUACUCCCAAGCUGGAGGCGACUCUGAAUCUACGGCCCCAAUGCUGCACAAGAGCAGUGGAUUGAGGCAGGGAUACGUCAACGAGGGUGCGAGCAGGGAGGACUCCAUGUACGAUGAUCAGUAUGAAGGUGAGGGGGGAGGGCACAGUGGCCAGAGCAGAGAGGGGAGCGAAGCGAUGUAUGCCGAGAAGAGGUUCUGAUUGAUGGACUGUGGCGUUAGAGAUGUGCGUAUGGAGGGUACCGCGGCCAGUUCUUUUCAUCGUAUGGAACAUUUUCUGUUUUUGGCCUCUUUUUCUUGUUCUCGUCUGCGUUCUCCCUGUUCCCUUUGACUUUCGUUGAUCUUGCCUCCUCGCGUCUCCCACACCCAUUUUAGCAGCUGAAGUUCUCGGUCGGACAUUGAUAGUGGUCCUGAUAUUGUGUACUUAUCCACGCAUGCCGUCGUUUAUUUCCUCCCUAAUAUGAUACCUGCGUAAUCCAUAUCAUCCGCUCACUUUCCC